UAUCCGAAGAGUUAUCGACUUCUCCGACAACUGCGCGGAAAUGUGAAUUUGGAUUGGGACAUGUCACAGAUAAAAGAAGGGCUUUUCGUAGGUACCAGGAAAGAUGCCGUUCACUUAGCUAAUUCCAGACAAGGAGAUAAACUAAGGAUCCUUACUGUGGACAUUGAGUCUCUUGAAAUAGAUGGAGUCUUGACAAAACAUGUGCCAUGUGUGGACGAACCAGAGGCAGAUCUCUUAAGUUUCUUUGACGAUUGCUCGGAGUUUAUCUCCAGUGGAUUAGAAAACGAGGAGAUUGUGCUGGUACACUGGUAAGUUUAGCAGUUCAGAAGUUAAAAUGUUGGACUGGAGUCCAAUCAGAAAUGCUGGGACCGCUGGGACAAGGGACAAGACACGUGCACUCUAAACUCUGGUAUACAAUCUUGGGCCCUGGGGGGUGGGGAUACUCAGCGACUCACCUGGGUCUUGAGCCCAGUGCCAUAUGAGUUACCACAAAUGGCCUCAAGAGGUGGGUAUUAUCAUUCUGGUCCCCAGAGCUGCAAUCCUUUUGGCUAGCACAACAGAUCGAGAGCUCUGGCUGGGCCCAAACUCAGAAGUCUGCAAAUUGUGCGCAGGCUCAGAAAUAUGAGUUAAUAAUGGAUACCGUGGAGACUAUUGUGCUUGCAGCUCAUCCUGGUCCCAGGCAGAGCUCUUGAUAUAUGAUGCUGACCAUAACAAUCACAUCUCUGGAAAAGAGAAUAAUUGGAUCACUUGUGAAUGGAAGAUUGAAUCUCCCAGCCAGGUCUGAGUGAAACAGGUAAAUGAGAAGUAGAGGGGAAAGUGAUUUUGUAGCUACAAUCGGCGACAAAAUUGUUGAGACAUUGUUCUUAAAUAGGGUAAUUUCGGAGAACAAAAGAAUCCGCACCCCUCCCCUGUCCCCUUCAUUCAAAGUUGGAGUGUUUGUUGUUUUCUAUAGGCUAGAACAAGGGCAGAACACAUUGCACAGAGGGGAUGGGAGAGGAAAGCUAUAUUUCCUCCUUUUGAAGUUAAUAAAACGUAAAAAAGCCCAGUUUUGGGCGAAGUGUCUCAACUCAAUUGUCGCCGAUUGUAGGUCUGUAGACAAACUUCUUGUACUGCCAUUGUAUUGCAUUGGCAACGAAUAUGACAUGUUUGGUUUUCUGAACUUGAUGUCUUCCUGGUGGGCCUUCUUGUUUGGUUAAAAAAUAUAUCAAUAAAUCAUCAGGAACUUUUAAGAGAUCUUAUUACAUGACAUAACAGGUCUGUUGUGUGGCAAAUUGGUCAAUUCCUAUACUAAACUUGCAAGAAAAGUGCGUGCAAGAAAGCCAAGAACAGGGCAUGCAAGGGGAGAGGCGUCUAAAACCUUCUCUUAGGCAACUAGAAAAUCUUAGUAUUUUCCUACAAAUCAUAUGCUUGGUACCCUAGAUUUUACAGUUUCACAUCACUGAACCCCCUUCAAUUUCCUUGGAGCACCGCCUUGGCAAAACAAUUUUAAAUUCAUAUUUUUUGUUCUGCCUUUAUAUUAAAUAAUCACUGCAUUCUAAAUACUAGACCUUUUUUUUUCUUGUGUCAAUUUUUCAUUUUCAUUUACAGCCUUUCAGGUGUGUCUCGAAGCACAGCUAUUGUCUUUGCAUAUCUUAUGAAGACAGAUCAGAUGUCAUUAAAUGAGGCAUUGGAGUUUUUAAAGAAAAUUUACCCCAAAGCCAAGUAAGAGUUUCAUUCUUCAUUCCUUUAUCCUUCCAGAUUGUCUAUUGACCAUCCUAAAUGGUUUGAAAUAGGCUGAUGAUGAAUUAAAAACUCUAAAUCAAAGUUGUUGUGAUACCUGUGACAUAAAAAAUUAAUGGCUCUAAUUACAAGGGGGUCCAUAAGUGUGUGGGGGUGGGGGGGAGGGGGGCUUGUUCAUGUACAGCAUGAUCCAGGGCCUUUUUUUUGGUAUUAGAAUAACUUUAUAUUUUGGUGUUAUUUUUAGAACUGCCUUUUAAUAAUUAUUAUUAUCUUGUGUGCUGGGAUUCUCGCGAGAAAAAAAAUUUCCAUCGCCCAUACCAGUAGUGAAUCAUGUUAUUAGGAAGGGAAAAAGGCUUUUAGGUCACUGUCACAAAAUUUAAUCCAUCAACAUGAAAAGGACCGAACAGCAGCAAAGAACAACAACAGAAUGGUUUGCAAUCCUUUUAUUCAAUUAAAUACAGGGACAGACACACAAGGCAUGCACACAGCAAUAACAUUCCUAACAAUUUCAUUGCCCACGCUUGUUGUAUUUGACAGCAUUUUAAACAUAUUGUGUACUUACAUCUUCUUGUUUGUUGCCUCUUUGAUUUAGUCCCAAUACUGGAUUUAUUGAGCAGCUUCAGCUGUAUGAAGCCAUGGGAAAUACAGUGGACAAAACAAGUCCUGUGUAUAAACAAUACAGACUGCAACUCUUGGCCAAUCAGAUACAGAGUGGGUUGAUGUUCAUUUACCUUUUAUAUGCCGUAAAAUAUCUAGUGAGUUCCUCUCAGCUUAGUACUAGAAUUCAAUCUCAUUCGAUCUAUUAAAGGUUUCACCGCCGCAUUUUUCAGGUUUGUGAGCACUGUGCUUUGCACUUUGAUAAUUUCCCGUGCAGGAUAAAAUUAAGUGAUAAACUAUAUUUUAUUAUUAUUAUUUUUUUUUUUUUUAGUUUGAGGGGGUAAAAGGGUUUAAUUUUUACAGGUGUGCUGAUGUGUGUGACUAAAUGUUCACCUGCAAAUUAAACCCAAUGGGGAAGGGGGAGCCUCAGAACUUACUUGUACAUGUAUGAACAGUCAGUAAGGGAGACAUAAGGAAGCCCUAUGAAGGAUGUGCUCUAGCAGUGCCUAGUGGCCCCCACCAACUAACUUUUGUUCCUAGAAGACUAAAAAGCACCAGGCUUCCUUGAAUUUUUCUUACAGUACAGCCUUGCCUACCUUUUGAGAGAGUUGGACCUUCUCUAAUGUAAUUAUUGCAUUAUUAUUUAGUACUAAAUAAUCUAAACAGACGUAAUUGUUGUUUAAUACCAACAAAAACCUUCAGCCCUGACAACUGUAGGUACAUAAACUCACUAAACUUACUUUUUAUUAUAGUAAGGUACUUAAAUAUUACUCUGUUUUUAAUCUGUUUUUAGAUCAACAGUAUGCUACAAAAGAUCUCCUGUCUUCAUUGAUUGAAGAACUCAAAGACGGUAGUUCUUCAAAUAACAAAAAUUAUAAAUGUAGAAAAUGCAGGUACAGCUCCCUAUAGUUAAAUGCAUUUUGUAAAAAAAAAGACCAUGUUGUUUUCAUUCCACAGGCUACAAAGCUAUUUUCCUCUCAAAUAGAAGGGCCUAUUGAGAAGAAAGCCUGAAAAAAUUCAGGCUUGUACCGUAUUAGAACCCUUGACCUCUACGAUACUAGUGAAAUUAUCUACCAACUGAGCUACACACGUAACAAGCCACCUGGGAACAGCUCAUUGAGUUAUAAACCCAUCAAAGGAUGAUGAUGAAAUAUUGAAUACAUGUACCGGUAUAUGAAAAUCUCAAUUAAAAACAACUUUUUGAGGCUUUAUAACGAUACACUGAAUUCUAUUCCAAGCCAUUUACAGCUUCUCAGCAGUCAACAUUUUAGUGGCACUUGCACACUCUGUAAGAUGAGACAGUGUGGUCAACUGUUUUGAGUUCUUUACACUCAUGGGUGACUGUACAACAACAACUUUAGGUUUUACCUAGGAAUUGUGAUUCAAAAUUUACAAGCAAGAUGGUAAAACCAUCCUCAGGCGAGUGUUAAUCUAGUUGAGAGAGGUACACAAUAGAAAGAAAGGAAAACAAAAAAAAAUUUAUAUGCAAUGAUUACUAAGAACAACAUUUACUGACAGUCAGUUCACUUCAGAUGAAUAUAGUUAUAUUGAAAAUAUUCUCUCUUAAAAUGCAAUGUUAUGAGUUCAACUCCAAAACAAAAGUCACUAUAAAAGGUCAAUCACAUUCUUUCUUAUAUCCACUUACAGACUGGCAUUGUUUACUGGUGGCUCCAUUAUUACACAUGAACUCGGUAGUGGUCAGUUAUCAUUUAGGCGACAUAAACAAGAUUCUCCUGCAGUGACCAACGGUAGUGACACCCAGUGUACAUCUUUGUUUAUUGAACCUGUGAGCUGGAUGCUUCCUUCACUUGAGGGAACAAUUGAGGGAAAGGUAACUUAUUUACUAAUAAAAUGUCCCACAUAGAGGGAAACAAAUAUUAAUCACUUUAGGGGUGUCAAGUAGAAGUAUUUAUGGUGAAAAGAGGGAACUGAGUAUUGUUCAUUCAUAAGCAAUUCUGAAAAGGUUUCUUUUGAGCUCUGUUUUGGCUUUAAGGUCCUCUGCUGGCUCUUCAUCUUAAAGCUUCUACCAUACAAGCCACUGUGUAAUAAGGAUCAAUGAACAACUGAACUUGUGAUUAAGGGAAGUUUUAUUUUAAAUAUUACACAUGUUUGAACCUGGGAAUUUUUCUCACUAGGGCUGGUUCUCAUUAACAACAAUGAUACAGUGCAACCUUGAUAUAAUGAAGUCCUCGGUGUAACACACAAUGUUCUUUACCCCAGUAAAAGUAAAAUAAUAUACUAUGGAAAAGAACCUUGAUAUGACAGUCCUUUGGCCCUUCAUUAUAUCGAGGUUCCACUGUUACAUUAUAGUUUUCUUGCCCACGGCCAGUUUUUUUUGUACAUUUAGCUUGUACUUAGCAACUAGUUGCUUAUUUUUUGUUUGUUUAUUUUUGUGGUUGUUUGAAGCUUUCUUGCCCCAAGUGUAAUGGAAGACUGGGAUCAUUCAACUGGGCAGGU